GGGGGCGGGGAAGGGGAGUCAGAAGCACGGAGGGGCGGGUUGGGGACGCGGACCCGGAGUCGGGCGACGCGGCGCGGACAUCGGGGCCGUGUUCACUGCCCUGGACUCGGAGCCCUGGAGGUAAAAGCCAGAGAUGGACCUUGUGAGACUCUCCCGGCUCUUUUCCAGCCCCCGCCCCAUGGGACUGUCUGUCCUGCAAUGCCUUGACCCUCUACGAGCCAGGUGGGCAGGAGCUAGGGAGGGGCCUGCUUGGCUGAGGGCCAUGGGGCCGACUGGGCCAACAUCAGCAGCCUUCAGCAGCUCGCCCUCUCAGUUGCCCCUCAGCCAGGGGAGCCAGAAGAACACGCACAACCGCAGCUCUGACCUGAGCCAGCCCAGCCCCAUGGCCAACCAGGAGGAAGAGGAGGAGGAGAGUUUUGGGACCCUUUCCGAUAAAUACUCUUCUCGGAGAAUGUUCCGCAAAUCAACGGCCCAGUUGUAUAACCUACGGCUCAGGGAACAGAGUGUUAAAGAAGAUGAAGAAAACGAACUGGAUCCAAAAUCAUGGCAAGGCCGGAGAAACACCCCUUACUGGUACUUCUUUCAGUGCAAACACCUGAUCAAGGAAGGGAAGCUGGCUGAGGCCCUGGACCUGUUUGAGAGGCAGAUGCUGAAGGAGGAGCGACUCCAGCCCCUUGAGUGCAACUACACGGUGCUGAUUGGGGGCUGCGGGCGGGCCGGCUACCUGAAGAAGGCAUUCAAGCUCUACAAUGACAUGAAAAAGCGGGACCUGGAGCCCUCAGAUGCCACCUAUACAGCCCUGUUCAAUGUCUGCGCUGAGUCCCCCUGGAAGGACUCGGCUCUGCAGAGCGCCCUGAAGCUACGGCAGCAGCUUCAGGCCAGAAACUUCCAACUCAACUUGAAAACCUACCAUGCCCUGCUGAAGAUGACGGCUAUGUGUGCAGACCUCAGGAUGUGCUUCGAUGUGCUCAAGGAAAUGGUUCGUAAAGGACAUGCCGUCACAGAGGAGACCUUCAGUUUCCUGCUCAUGGGCUGCAUCCAGGACAAGAAGACAGGUUUUCGAUAUGCCCUGCAGGUGUGGAGGCAGAUGCUGAGUCUAGGCCUCCAGCCAAGCCGGCACAUCUACAACCUGCUGUUGGGGGCAGCUCGGGACUGUGGCCUGGGGGACCCAGACGUGGCCUCCGUGCUGCUCCUGAGGCCCCGGGAGGAAAUGGUGUUGUUCCAGCCCCCAGAAGGCGGGCAGCGGGCAAGGAGGGCAGCCCGGGCCGGGAUGAUCGACGGCAUGUCAGCCAGUCUGCACGUGGAGACUCUGGAGAAGCAGCUGUUUCUGGAACCUUCUCAGGCACUUGAGAGGCCUCAGGAGCCUCGGGAGGCCAGCGUCUCCAGCGAGGCCCAGCCUGAAGUGGAAACCAAGGUGGACCCUGCUGACACGGCCCUUGCCUCCUGGGGGCUGGAGGCCAACUUACUGACCUUGGGGGCUGUCCCCCCAGCUGUGGUCUCCUUUGGGACUGUGACCACCCCAGCUGACAGGCUGGCCUUGAUGGGGGGCCUGGAGGGCUUCCUGGGCAAGAUGGCAGAGCAUGGGCUCCGGCCUGACAUCAAAACCCUCACGUUGCUGGCCGAGGUGGUGGAGCCAGGGAGCCCUGCAGAGUCCUCGCUGCUGACUGUCCUGGACUCACACCAGGUGGAGGCUGAUGUGACAUUCUUCAACACUCUGAUGAGGAAGAAGAGCAAGCUGGGCGAUCUGGAGGGGGCGAAGGCGCUGCUGCCAGUCCUGGCAAAGAGGGGAAUUGUCCCCAACCUGCAGACAUUCUGUAAUUUGGCCAUUGCGUGUCACAGACCAGGGGACGGUCUGCAGCUGCUGGCAGACAUGAAGAAAUCCCAGAUGGUCCCCAACACCUACAUCUACAGCUCUCUCAUCAACGCGGCUCUCAAGAAGCUGGACUACACCUAUCUCAUCAGUAUCCUGAAGGACAUGCAGCGGAACCGAGUCCCGGUGAAUGAAGUGGUCAUCCGCCAACUGGAGUUUGCCGCCCAGUACCCACCCACCUUUGACCGGUACAAAGGGAAAAACACCUACUUGGAGAAGAUUGAUGGCUUUAGAGCUUAUUAUAAGCAGUGGCUGAAAGUGAUGCCAGCAGAAGAAACCCCCCACCCGUGGCAGAAGUUCCGGACCAAGCCUAAGGGGGACCAAGACAGCAUCCCCGAGGCUGCUGUGGACGGAGGCCGUGGGGGCAGAUGAUGGGGAGGCCCUGGGGGACCUCCAGCAGAGCUGGAACAAAGUGCACAGCCUACGUAGUGCUCUGUGGGAGUCCCAGGAGUCCCUUUCAUGCUAAAGACACACGAACAUUGCUGUAGCCUCAAGCAUGAGAAAGGUCCGGCCAGAGUAAGAGCUGCAGCAUUUUGCAGGCAUUGGUAUGAGGACAAAUGCUGGGCGUAGGGUGCCUGACAAGUUCACAGCAGGUCCCAGUGCAGCUUGGGCCACGCUGGCACGUCAUCUUAGGCUACCCUCGCCUGA